GGAAAGAGGAACCAUGCAUGGGAAGGGCAUCAUGAUGGGGCCCGCCCUGUCCUUCUCGUGCGCGGUGAAUGUGGAAGUUGACGAAGGCUCCAUAAACAGAAACUCCUUCGUCAUCACCUUCCCACACUAAGUAACCACCGGCCCAGCUUCUUCCCGUCGUAAAGAUUCUGUCUGCAUUCAUGGAACUCCCACUUGUCACAUAACCACCCACUCCAGCUCCCGUACCAUCGUGCGCUUGAGAGAGAACGAUAGGCCUUUUCACGCGAUUGCACCCAGCAUGGCACCAAACGACACCCGAAAGGUGCAUACCGCCGAAACCAUCGCCAAAGAACUGGAAAACGAUGUCUGCGUCAAGGUUUCCGGUUCGGAUAUCGAUGGCAUUCCCAGAGGCAAGAUCAUCACGAAGGCCAAGUUCGUGAAGUCGCUCGAGGAAGGCUUCGGUUUUUGUAACGUGGCUUUCGGAUGGGACAUGCUAGAUAAGACUUACGACGAGUCUGUGCAAGUCGAGCGAGGGUACUCGGAUCUCCUGGCCAAGAUCGAUCUUUCCAGCUUCCGCCGGAUUCCAUACGAAAACAACGUCCCACAUUUUCUCUUUGAUUUCCACGACCCGAUUGCCAAUUCUCCUUUCAAGGCGUGUCCGAGAAGUUUGCUGAAGAAGGCCAUCAAGGAUUGCAAUGACCUGGGAUUUGCGCCUCUCUGUGGCGUAGAGUUUGAGUUUUACAACUUCAAGGAGACUCCUGAAUCCAUCAAUGCCAAAAACGGCGUAAAUCUCACGGCACUCACGCCUGGGAUGUUUGGUUACUCAUUACUUCGGCCCACUCUGAACAGCAAGUUCUUCGACGAGGUGUACCAUCAUUGUUUGGCGUAUGGGAUUCCUAUUGAAGGGUUCCACACGGAGACCGGUCCCGGUGUAUUUGAGGCAGCUCUCGAAUACGGUGACGCGCUCGAAAUAGCCGACCGAGCGCACCUGUUCAAAAAGGCCGUGAAGCAAAUCGCGCUGAAACACGGCAUAAUAUCGUCGUUCAUGGCAAAGCCAUAUGCGGAUCUUCCUGGCUGCUCGGGUCACAUGCACUUCAGUUUGAAGGACAUCAAAACGGGGGCCAACGCGUUUGUUGAUGAUGGCAACGAAGAGUCGGCUGGCGGGAACGAGGCGAAGGCUGCUAUGAAAGGGAUGAGCGAUACGAUGAGGCAUUUCAUUGCGGGGUUGUUGGAAGCGCUGCCGAGUAUUCUGCCGUUGAUGUUGCCAACCAUCAACAGCUACAAACGCCUAGUAGAAAACAACUGGGCCCCAAUCACAGUCUCCUACGGCAUCGAAAACCGCAUCGCAGCCAUCCGCCUCAUCGCGCCCCCAACCUGUCCCAAGUCCGCCACCCGCCUCGAGCUCCGCGUCCCCGGCGCCGAUGUCAACGCCUACCUCGGCAUCGCCGGAUGCAUCGCCGCAGGCGUGCGCGGGAUCAAAAAGAAGAUCGAGCCGAAAUUCCCGCCUGUUCAGGGCGGCGAUAACGGGGUUUUGGGUGAACGGCUGCCGAGGACCUUGAAGGAUGCCGUGAAUUUGAUGAUGGCGCCGGGGAGUGUUGCGAGAGAGGUUUUGGGGGAUGGGUUUGUGGAGCACUUCGGACGGACGAGGUUACAUGAGUGGAAACAGUGGGAGACUGCUGUGACUAAUUGGGAGAUCAAACGCUACAUUGAGACUGUAUAGUCCGAGGCGUUGUAGCUACUCGCCCUUUCUCCUUUGCUUCCCGGUAUAAUUUCCCCGAAAACCUUUCCCCCUCCCCUUUUCCGCGCCAAGGACCUAAGACACUGUCACUCUCUGAUACCUGUACAGGCAGUUGGUUUCACAACCCCAUUCCUUCUUUUGAGCGUCACAAGUAUCGUACAUAACUAGUAAGACACAUAAUACA